GUAUUCAUUGCUAGAAAAUUACCAAUUCGAUAAAUUUUAUGACUAAAUGCAGUGACAAUGAAGAACAAUAAUUAUUUAUUUCAAAUGUAGAACUAAUUUAGAAUAUGAAACUUAUUGAACGCACUAACGUCAAAAUGGCCAUCAAAGCGUGCCGCUACUAAGUGAGCGAGCGAAUCGCGCAGAUUCAAAAGGCUGUAUAGAUAGCUAUUGUCUUUUCCUUCAGAAUAUGGAUAGAAAUAAAAAAAAGUUCCAAUUUGUUUCUAUGGCAACGAACGGCGAACUGGCGAAGGCAAAGCUGUGCCUUUACGCAUAUUAUUUGUAUUGUAAAUUUUAUAACCUGAUCACAACAAGAUUCAUUAAUAAUAAUAUUGUGAUUAUAGCAUAGGCUAUACUUUUGUUUCUAUAAAGUAAUGCUUGUAUAAAAUAUUUAGGAAAGGUUUUUGUCAGUUAUCAUAGGUAUAUCAGUAAUAAUUAUCUUAUAAACAUGACUUUGUACAUCGAUACUAAGCUAAGCUUCAGCGAUGCUAACAUGGUGUGUACCGUCGGUGCAUGGCACCCAUCUUUACCACUUUUAGCUGUGGGUUCCUUCAAUCAAGAGAAAGGCGGAUUUGUUACAAUUUUCCAAGAAAAUGGUCUUUCUUUAGAAGGCUGUGAAUGGCCUAUUUUGUUAUCAAACCAAGUAACGGCUCUAGCUUGGCAUCCUACGAGAAAAUUACUGGUUGUUGGAUGGGAUGGCGGCGAGCUAUAUAUAUGGUUGGAAUAUUCAUGGGCCCGUUUAGAAGCUCCUCAUAAUGCAGCACUGACAACUAUUGCUUUUAGUCCGGGAGGAGGCAGGUUGUUAGCAUCGGAUGCUGCUGGUUCUUUGUCCGGAUGGCAAUCAAGCUCUGGUGCGCCACUAACUUCAUUUCAUCAUCAGCUAGGAGAUGUAAUUACUCAUGUCACAUACUGCUCUCCACAUCCAAGCAGUGAAUCGUCAAUUCGUGGGCUGGCACGUGCUGCUGUAGCUGGGGAUGAGAAUGCUUUGGACGCUUUAGCUGCAUGGCGUCCUAGAACAACAGCAAGAAUGAGAGAUGGUGCUCAACCAGAUAAUCAUUGUUGUUACGCUGCACAAGAUAAUGGGAUUAUUCUCUACAUUGAUCACGCGGGAGCCUGCUCUGAAGUUCUUAAUGCUCCUGGAAAUAUAGUAUUUAUGGGAAUAAUUAGUAAUAUUUAUUUAUUAGUUGCUUGGGAAUCUGGAGGAGCCUUAAGUUUAACAAGAUUUAUGACUGCUGAUGAUGGUUCUUUGACUACCGAUACACAUGUGAGAAUGGCUGCUAGAAAUGGUCAAAGCAUAGUUCUGGCGAGUAAUUUUACUGUAGCUGUUAUAACUGGCGACAACUUAUUAAGAAUUUGGGAUAGUGAAACAGGCGAAAAUGAUGUCCUUCCUAAUGAAAAGGAAGUUAUUGCUCAAGGAGAUAUCUUUACAAGUAUCAGUUACUGUAACUUAAGUGAUACUCUUUGUUGUGGAACUGCUCAAGGUAACCUUUACCUUUGGCGUAGAGAUCACAGAAAUAACUGGAAACUAAUAAGUAGUACUGCCGUUAAGGGAACAGUCAAGGAAGUUAGUUGGGGGUCAGAAGGUUUGAUGAACCCAUUACUACAUGUCAAUUGUAUAACAAGUGCCUACAUCCUCCGUGAACAACCCGUGUGCUGGGGUUACUCCCCAAAAGUUUGGAUGAUACAGAAGUCCGCUGUCGAAAUAGCUGUCUCCAAUAAAAAUAAUUUGACAUCAAUCAUAAAUACUACAAUCACAGUAAGAGCAUUGGCUUAUAAGGAUAAUUAUGUUGCAUUAGGAGAUGGGAAAGAAGUACAAAUCUGGAUGAGCAAUAAAGACAAUGAUGUUAAAUUCACCCUUAUCCGUAGUUUCCCUUGGAAAACAGAAGUUCUUAUAAUACAUAAUGAUAUACUUGUAGGUAUUGUGAAUCCUCAUAUUGAAUGUUAUACCAUCACAGGCAAUAACUUAGGGAUCUUACCAAGCACUGAAGGAGAAGGUGAACCAAUAGGAGUCACAAAUACAAAUAAAUUCAUCGUAGUUGCUACAAUGGAUGGCACACUGAAAUUGGUAGAAAUAACAAAAAAAGGUCUGAGACAGCCUUUCCCUCCAAAAAACUGCUACCAGAUGAUUGAGGAUUUUGGGGAAGUUAUGAGAGCGUCCGUUAAUUGUAGUGGACGUUACAUUUGCUUAAGUGUAGCCAAUGCUGGAUUAGCACCAGAUCCCAGGUUAUACCUCUGGGACGUAGCUAAUGACGUUAUUUCAAACAAGUACUUAGACGAAACUGCAACUCCCCCCUACCAAAGUGUGCCUAUAGCUAUUCUUUGGGAUUAUAACGACCCUCGCAUACUAUCGGUGCAUAUGAGAUCGGCCGACUUAGAUCACAUUCAUUUAUUUUUUUGUCACGAGGGUGAACUGUUUGAGUAUAAUAAUUGGUCUGCCAUAAAUGAAGAUUAUUUUCUAACUGAUUUUAUGCUCUGCUCAUUAUUCACUCCUAAUGUCGUAAUCUUAGCUCAACAGAAUCUCAAAAAAAUAUUAAUGCAGGAAUUUACUGAUGUCAGUGAUCAUGACUCUGCCAGUAUACGCCAAAUAUUAGAUUUUCUUUAUUUCAUGACUACUGGUAACUUAGAGAAAGCUGUUAUAGUAGGAACAAAUAUAUCAGGUGGUAAAACGUCAAUUAUAUGGGACAGUCUAGCAAAAGUAUGUGUUUACCGAAAGCGGCCAGAGGUUGGUGCUGUAUGUUUAGGGAAAAUGGGGAAUAUCAAAGGUGCACUUAUGAUGCGUAAGAUAAUGAAUGAUAAUGAUAUAGAUGAUGCUUGCAAAGUAGGCGUACUUGCUGUUAAUCUUGGUAUGAUAGAAAAAGCAGAAAGCUUGUUUCGCGAAGCUCAGAGAACCGAUCUUAUUACACGUCUCAUAUCUGCUAAAGAAGGUGGCCUUCAAGAAAUCAGUAGUGGUCCUACUGAUGGUGAAAACGUAUUGUUAAUUAAAAGCGCUCAACACAAAUUGGCAAAGGUACUGUGGGCAAACGGCGAAACUGGAGCAUCAUUAAAACUGUUUGAAAGUGCUGGAACACUUGUCCCUCAUGUUCCUAGAAUGCUCAUUGCACAAGGUCAAGCUGCUGUCCUAGCUCAGUAUGUUAGUAACUCCAACGAUCCAGAUUUAAUAACAUGGUGGGGUCAUUACUUAGAAAGUAUUGGCGAUUUAGAAGGAGCUCUGGAAGCUUAUGCUCGUGCACGGGAUUUUGGCGAACAAACUAGACUUUUGUGUCAUAUGGAUAGAAUAGACGAGGCUGAAAAGUUAUGUCAAAAAAAUUCUUCGGCUAUUUAUCAAAUGGCGCGAUAUUUGGAAAUGCAAUCUGAUAAAACCGAACAAUCAGUAAAGAUGUACAUAAAAUGUGGCGCUGUAUCUUCUGCAAUCCGUGUAGCAGCAGAAGCAAGCGCCUGGAACCUUGUGCGGCGUGCUGGUUCAUCAUCAGCUGCACACGCUUUGCACGCUGCUGCAAUUUUAGAGAAUGCCGGCCAAAAUGAACAAGCCAUAGCGUUGUAUCAAAAAGCGGGGAAACCACACUUAGCACUAAAGUUGGCACUAAUCUGUGGCGAUACCAAUGCGAUGGUGGCUGCUGUGGAAUCUCUUGGAGAUCGCGUGGACCCUGAAUUGGCACAUGCCCUGGCAACGCAUCUUCAGAAAGCAAACCAUCAUUCGCAUGCGGCAGCAUUGCUUGCGACUGCUGGAAAGUACGAAGAAGCUCUCGACAUCGUAGAGAAAUCAUCAGCGCAGCUCUCCGAAGAGUUAAGCGAAAGAUUAGCAGCACCGGCUGGAACGAGCGGACGCGACGCGCUUCUGCGUCGCCUGGCUGACGUGCUUGGAGGCCGCGGUCUGUACCACCAAGCUGCAAAGAGACUUGCGCAUGCGGGGGAUAAGGCGGGUGCUAUGCGAUGGUUAAUGCGAUCCGGCGACGCAGAUCGCAUCGCCACCUUCGCGGCGGCUACUCGCGAUAGAAACGCUCAACUGAUGGCGGCAGACUAUUUGCGCAGACACGCGGAGUGGCGCACGCGGCCCGAUCUCACCAGGCACAUAUUGCACUUCUACACUCGCGCCAAAGCGUAUGGGAAACUGGCGGCCUUUUAUGCUGAAUGCGCUAAAGUAGAAGUCGAUGAAUAUGAUAAUUACGAAAAAGCUUUGGAGGCCCUAAAAGAAGCGUCACGGUGCCUUUCCAAAUCCUCAGAUUCUGAAUCAGGUGCACAAAUAAUGGCGCUCCAGGAACAAAGCACACUAGUCAAGCGAUUUAUAGAUGUUAAAAAGACUUUCGAAGCGGGUGAAAUUAACACAGGUGUAACCAGUGGACAGCAGUUACUUCGUGCUGUGACUGGCCGCCCUGGACUAAUCACUGAAGAAAAAGUCCUUAAGCUAAUGUUGCAAUUCGCCCAAGAUCACCCAGAAUCACAACGUAAACACUUUAAAAUUUUAGUAUCUGCCUUACAGUUGUGGCUGUUAGCUACAGCCACAUUAUCGCGUUCCACUUCGAUCAACAAUAAGGCGCACUUGAUACUUGAUAGUUAGCAUACUAUCAACUAGUUUAAUAUGAGAAUUCAUAGCAAAUUUGUCACUACACCAAACCAUUAAAACGAGUUAUUAAAUAUAAAUAUUAUAAAGAGGAAAGAUUUAUAAUAAGUUUGUAACGAAUUGGCUGAAAAAGUACUGGACCGAUUUUAAAAAAUCUUUCACCAUUUGAAUGCUACAUUGUCACUGAUUAAUAUAGGCUAUAGUGUAUUUUCAAAAAAGUUAGGAUUACGUAUGAAAACUCCGAUAAUGUAACGUGUGUAAAAAAUACCAAAAAAUAGCCUUAUAACGCUUACGUUGCUAUAUUCAUUUUUUUUUUAAAUCGGAACAGCAGAGCAAUGAUGCAUUCGGUACAAAGGGUCCUAAACUACGCAACGAAUUUUUUACUUGGAAUGGAACGUUUAUAAUUAUUAUGAAGAAAGUCAUUGAGUAUAAUACAAGCCAACUACGUUUCAAUGGACAAUAUGGCUCACUCACUAGUAUGUGACGUCACGCGACUGUCAGUCAAACGAUACAAUGUAACGUCACUAACCUUAGAUGUUUACUAGCAUGUGACGUCAUUUUAGGCUCCACCAAUCCCAGGCGUUUUCAAUCACGUGAGAAUAGAUAAGGCAACUGUUAUCUUUUACGUGGGUUUUUAGGAAAAAUAUGAACUUUUUUUCUGUAAAAAUCGUAAAUACCCCUUCCAAUAUUCAGUCUAAAAUCUAAAUACAGAUGAUAAAAAAUAUUCUGUCAAAUACCCUAUUGAGCGACGGGAAUACCGUAUUUGUCUAACAUUCGCACUAGACAUCGCGACAACACAAAUAUAUGCGUUAGCGUGAUAGUGUGACCCCAGCAACGCUGGGCCAGCAUUAGAUUUAUAGGUCACAACUCACAUGUAUCUAUGUAGCACCGGCUUUAUUUUACGCCUAUACGACCACCCUUAGAGAAGUUUAAUUACAAUUAAUGUCGGUAAUAGUGAUGACGUAAUGUUUAAUUCUAUUACUACUGCAAAGAAAGUGAUAGCAGCUACCUACUUAAAUGAAACUUAGACGUGAAAAUGGCAAAAACACUUAACACUUGCAACAAAAUUCUUAAUUUAAGUCAAGAGCGUACCUGCGUUAAGUAGGAGCACGGAGCGGCCGUCUGCUCCGCGUGUUUGUUUCAUGUUAUUAUUUUCAUAAAGCUGCAUUGCGUGAGGAGGGUCUCUCUCCCGUGCAGUGGGUUUUUAUGAAAUGACAUAAAAAAAGCACGCGGAGCGGACGCCCGCGCCGUGACCCGCUUAACCAGCGCAGGCUUUAUUAAGGCUCGAUCGUGUCAUUCCAUAUUUUUCAAUUGUGAAAAGUUAAAUAGAACCAGAAUAAGACUUAAUUAAACAUGAUUAUUAGCUUUUAAAUUUGAAUAACGAACUUUGGUGCAAGUUGACCUAAGUGGUUUUAAUUACUCUAUUCAUUUGUCUUUCAGGAUUUGACCAACAACUAAAGUCUAUACAGAAAUCGUCUGAAGACGACAAUGAAACUACUGAUUCUCCAGACCAAAGUGUAGAAGAAGUUAUUUAGAUUAGUGAAACGUGAAUAUGACGUUGUUUUUUGCAUCUAUAGCAUGAACCAAUUAUGAACUGCGUACCUUUAAUUUUUGUGAUAGGUAAAAAUCCGUCCAUAGUUUUUAGUUAGUGACUACAAAAUGCUUGUUUUAUUAUCAUUGCAAUUCAUAAUGUUAACUUUUUUUUAAAUUAAG